AUGAAAUUAGAAGAAGAAACUAUCUUUACUGUUAUGGAUCUUUGUAAAUUUGGAGUUAAACAAGAAAUACAAGCACAGUAUGGAUAUGGUGAACGUGUCAGAAAAGAAAGAUCUCAGAUUUCAUUCCACUGCAAAUAUCCAAAAUGUCCUGCAUAUUUUAAUGUUGCAAUCUUGGAUCAAAAUAAAUACAAACUAAUCAAAAUAGUUGAAGAACAUGAUUAUUCCGCCCCAAAUGACAAAAGUCAAUAUUCGUCUGUCUUUUAUCGCAAAUAUUUAGAACAUUACUUCCAAACAGAUGACAAUCAAAGAGCGAUAGCACAGCUAAAUGCAUUUAAAGAUCUUGAAAUUCCUCUUACAGGUCCGUCCAUUCCAGAGAUGUACGCUCAAAAACCACGUGCAAUCAAACGAUUUGCAGAGAGAAUACAUGCUCUUCAAACUAGAUAUUCUCCUGACGAUGUUGUGUCAUUGCAAAUCUUUGUUCAGACAGUACAAGAAGAAUCUCCAGAUGAUCUCAUUGCAUUUGAAGUCUCAGACAAUAAUAUGUGUUUCUAUUACGCGUCUUUUGAAGGCAAAGCUUAUGCGCAUAGUAUCAAGACAUUUCAUAUAGACAGCACCUAUAAAUU